GGCUGCAUUUCUGCCUCAUCUACGCGAGGUACGGAUACAUGUAGUACUCAAGGAUCCUCUCCGAAUCCUUUUUCUGCGCCCAUUAUGGUUUUUGGGCUCAUAUCGUUGGCGGCUACGGUGCCCAUGGUAGCAACCUCAGUCCUGAGCCUCCAAAGUCAAGCCGAGAACACGAAGAGUCAUGGACUCGAUGCAGAAUGGAAGACCGACAAAAGUCAUAUGAAGUGUCGGCCCUCAGCAAGAACGCCAGAAAAACGUAAGGAGCUGUUCAAGGGCAGCAAAGUCGUGCUUCGCGACGGGAGAUUGUACGUGCAACUGUCGUCCUACAAAGGCGAGCCUUUGCACCCUUUCGCGGGUUACUUCCUACCGUACCCGGACUCCAACUUUGAAGGACUGGUCUCAACAAUCUCAGACGAGCCACCGCAGCUGAACUGGAUAUACCUGGAUACCGGUUCGAAGAUUUUUCAAAUCAGCCACGGCCUGCGCGCAGAAGCGGAGCGAGGGCUGACUGGCCCAUGGGGCGGACGCGUGUGUUCAGAUGGAGAGAUACGUUUCCUCAUGGAGAACUGGGAGGGCUUCAUCACUGUUGAGACCGAAGAACCGGGAUUGUGGAGUCUGUGUUUUGACCGUUAUGACGACGGGCUGAAGGGGAAACUGGGUGAAGACCAGAGGACCGUAGAGGUGGAACUAGUUCGCGAGGCAAUCGACGAGUGAGACACAGGUACUGCCAGUGUCCUCAUUCCCAUACCGGAGUCGUUAUGAAGAGCAGCCCCAUCAGAUGUUGCGCAGAGGCGUGGCUCUACCGAGGCGUUGUGGUGCAAUGUUGUCACAGCAUUGAGAAGAGAGGUCGCGUUGUGCAAACGCCGGCGGCCUUGGGAAGGAAUCAAGAGCUUCAACAGAACACAGGCACGUAAAGGAUGUAAUUAGAAGCAACGCAGCGCGAUCUUCAAAGAAUACAGCGAAACAACGGGCU